AUGGCGGAAUCCACAGACGCUGAACGUCUGGACUACCUGUUGGAGAUGGCUUUGACCAUUCAUGAGGGGAUUAUUGAGAACCUUCACGGCAACGAUGAGCUGGAUAACCAGCUUGUUGCCCACCUGAAAACGGUGGAGCACUUCAUCGUGGUGAAGAAGGCCCUACAGGGUCAGAACAGCGGCAGCAACAACGAGCUUGCUGCGGUUAACACCACCCCUCCACCCACUGACGAGUCACCCUCAGCCGUGAAACACGUCAACGAAUAUUCAGCCAGCCCGCAAAGUCACCGUUCCCUCCCCUCCCCUUCGCUUUUCUUUUCUUCACCCGAGCCACAAGGCACUCCAACUUCAGCGCCCGCACGACGACAGGCAUCCCGUCGGAUCCCAGGAGAAACUCGCAACUCCAGGGCUUUGCGUAAGAUGCGACACGCAGUUCCCUAUGCAAGCUGGGUUGAUAAACCUAAAUGA